AUGCGUUUACCAUAUGCACCGGGCACAGCACCUCAUGAUCAGCCGGAGGCUGCAGCGAUUUACCAGCGGAUUGCUGCUAGGCGUGCGCCUCGGCCUUUGAUCCCUCUUGAUUUGAGCCUACUACAUUCUCCGCCCGUCGCGGAUGGAUACAACAGCUUUCUCAAUGCAAUCAGGAACGAGACAAUUGUCGACCAAGCCCUCAUGGAACUUGCGAUAUGCCGGAUAGGAGCACUGAAUGGUGCUGUCUGGGAAUGGCGAGCACAUGCAGCCUUGGCGGUCAAGGCCGGGGUCAAAAAGGCUGCCCUUGAGGCCAUCCUCGAUGUCAAUUCAGGCAUUGGCGAAGGCAUAGCAUGGACAAACCUUUCGCACAAGGAAGAGGCAGUGGUGAGGUACGCCGACGCGAUGACGAAGGAUGUUGAAGUUCCCCAGGCGGUCUUUUCGAGAUUGAGCGAGAUUGGACUCAACGAGAGAGAAAUCGUGGAAUUAACAGCAGGGAUCGCUGCAUACAACUGCGUCAGCAGAUUCUUAGUCGCAUUGGACGUGGGAGAGAUGAACGGUAAACCCAUGGAGGUCCCAGCAGACGCAAAAUGA